AUGUUUCGCUUUCUGAUGUUAGCUUUCUUCGCAGUCGCAUCCGCCGAAGUUAUCUACGAUGGACCCUGCCCUGAAGUAAAGCCUAUGGAAAAGUUCGACUUCUCAGCAUACCUAGGCACUUGGUAUGAAAUCUCUCGCUUCCCUCAUGCUACUCAAGAAGGUACAAAAGGCAAGUGCACCACCGCUGUGUACACUGUUGAAGGAGACAAGACCAAGGCGAAGAACUCCCAUGUGAUUGACGGUGUCAAGUCAUACAUCGAAGGAGACCUCACUCUUGCUGAGCCUGGAAAAUUGAUGCUCACUUAUACUUUUGGAGGUGUGUCCGAGAGUUCCUACAUCAAUGUACUGGACACCGAUUACAAGAACUACGGCAUUCUCUACAGCUGCAAAUUUUUCAAGGACACCAAUAAGCACCAAGUUUUCGCUUGGAUCAUGUCCAGGAAAAUGACUCUAGAGGGUGCGGCCAAGGAAAGCGUUGAAAACUACUUGAAGGACUCCAAGAUUAUCGAAAAAUCCAAAUUCGUAGACAACGAUUAUUCUGAGGAAGCUUGCAAGGCUACCGUUACCAAAGCCAUUACUGAAUUUACGAAGCCAUAA